UUUUCCCAGGGUGGCCUGCUGGAGAGCCAAACAGUGCUGAGAACGGAGCCGGGGAGGAGAGAGGCAGAGGCGAUGGCUGCCGACGCGUCGGAGCUCAAGCUCCCCUUGGUCCAGGAUGUCCAGCUCACCAAUUGCAUGCGGCUGCGGGUGCAGAGCCUCCAGCAGAAGAACGAGCGGCCGCAGGACGGCGAGAAGCUGCUGCGGCCCAAUGAGUACAUCUACCGGGUGGACUUCGUCCGGCAGCACAACCUGCGCUUCCUGCGCUGGGACAUCCAGCUGGAGAAAGAGGGGAAGGUGACAGUGACGGGCACCUCCCAGCACUGGACACCCCCCCUCACCAACCUCAUGAGCAGGCAGCUGCUGGAGCCAGCGGGCAUCUUCUGGAAGAAGCCAGAGGCCAGCGAAGUGGAAUGCAAUGAGGCGGAUGCCCUGGAAUUCGGGGAGAGGCUGAACGAGCUGGCCAAGAUCCGCAAGGUGAUGUACUUCCUCCUGUCCUUCACUGAUGGCCUCGAACCAGCCCACAUCGAGUGCUCUAUCGUAUUCAAAGCCUGACCCAUCCUGGCUUGGGCAGAUCCCUCCCCUCUUGCCCUGUCUCUCUUCAUGUUUCUUUCUCUUUGCUUCUAUUCAGAGCUCUGUUCAUUCCUUUUAAAGGGACAGCACGACAGUAAUGGUGCCCUGUUGAUCCG